GAGGGCUGCUUUUUUGGCGACACCCAGCAGUUGGUCUGCGGGAACCUUUGAAGCGCGGACCACCAGCUUGCUGCGACCUCGAUGCGCGAUGGCUGCGGCUGACAAAACUGGUCCGCCAGGGUAGCUGCAAGGAUGACCAGGACUACCUGCUCAACUCCACCCACCCUCGCUACAUGCCUCAGCUCCACCGCCUGAUCAGGUUGCGCGGUUUGGAGGUGCAGCACUUCAUUACGUCCGUGGCCAGUUGCUGCCCCAGCAGGACCAGCUUCCUCACAGGAAGGUACUGCCACAACACCAACAUAACGUCCAACGCCUGGCCCCGCGGUGGCCACGUCAAGUUCAUGACUGAGGGACUGGACGAGCAGUACUUGCCGGUAUGGCUGCAGGCCGCCGGGUACGACACGUACUACGUGGGCAAGUUUUUGAAUGGCUUGACGCAUGACAGCCUUCUGGAGCUAGGCUGCCCGCGGGGGUGGACCGCCAUGGACGCCAUGCUGCUGGGCGAUACAGGCGGCGCGGAGGAGUUGUACUACAAGGACACGCCCAGGUUCAUGCGCGAGUGUCGCACGCUGGAGACCUUCCCUGACACCUUUACCGAGAUCGUCGUACGGCAAAAGGCCCUGCAGUACAUUGAACGCGCUGCUGCCACCAACAGCCUCCGGGGCAAGAAGCCCUUCUUCCUCAUGGUAUCCACCUUCGCACCCCAUGACGCAUCGGGAGGCACCGAUGCCGUACCCGAAGUGGAGGUCAAGUACCGCGGGAUGUACGGCGACGUCGAGCUGCCAGAGAGCCCCAAUUUUGGCGUAAGGCCCCCCAAUAAAAUUGGCUACUAUUGGCCGUACGACUCCAAGGACGCGAUUCCCCGCCUCACGGAGCACUACAGGGCCCGUUUGGCCGCACUGCGCUCCGUCGAUGACACGGUGGCGGCUGUGGUUUCCAAGUUGGCGUGUAGGGACCUGCUGAAUAACACGGUCAUCGUCUACACUUCCGAUAACGGCUUUAAGCUGGGGAGCCACAACAUUGCGCAGGAGAAGUUCACUCAGUACGAGGAGGAUGUGCGUUUGCCUCUGCUGCUGGCCGGUCCCGGUAUUCCGCGGGGUGUGGCCACAGGGCCCGAGCUGCAGGUGACGAUGACUGACCUGACCGCCACCAUCCUGUCACUGGCCGGUGCCAAUUCAGGCAACGUGGACCUGGACAGCGCGCCCAUGCCGCUGGCGGAGAUCGUGUCAUCGUACAGGGCACCGCCGGGGCAGCCUACCGCGCCGCCGGACAACAAUAACCGGUACUACUGCACGCCGCCGCCGCCGCCCGACCCGCCGCGCCCGCCAGCGCCGCCGCUGGUACUGCCGCCGCCGCGACCGCCAGCUGCUGGCGACGGGGACGACGUGGGUGCAGGUGGCUCUUUUGACAGGCGACGGAGGAGGAGGCUCGAGUCCACGUCGCUGUAUGCGGCCUCCGCCACCGCCCACCUCUGGCAGCCUGACGACCCUGUAGACGGCGCUGAUGUAUGUUUAAAGUACGCCGCAGGAUCUGCUGCGGCGGCCGCCACCGACGCUGCUGCUGCUGCUGCGGCGGCGGCGGCGGCGGCGGCGGUGCUGAUAGACUCCUCCUCCUCUGCCGCCGCUGCCGCCAUCGCCGCCGCCACCGUCCCUACCUCCCUACCUCAACUGCUGGGGUCCUGGCGUCCUAACGGUUGGCACUGGCAACAUGACCUGUGGCUGGAGGAACACGCCGAUGCACUGGGGCUUGAGGGCUGGGUCACACGAGUUCGUGCUGCUGCUGCCGACGGCGCCAACGGCACCGUUGCCAUCGCCGCCGCCGCCGCCGCCGCCGCCAGCGGCUGCUCACGGUCUGCCGCCGCGGCAGCCACUGCCGCCGCCGCCGUCGCCGCCGCCGUGGCCCAUGAUCCCAUGCCUCAGGUUCCCGGGUCCGUACUUGUGGAAUAUUCGCUACAGCGAGUACGGAACGCCGUACAGGAGGCGAAGGCCAUUCUCAGGCAGCGUGCGGCGGCAGUGGCAGUGUUGACCGCAUCUGAAGGUGGCAGUGCUGACGGUGACGACGCAACAAGGUUGCCUAAUGUGCUAUCUUCCGUGUCGACGGCAAGCGGGCGCAACAGCGCGGCCCAGGUCAGCGCCAACGACCGCCGUGACCGCCGUGAACUUCCUGAAACGACGGACGCCCUGGACAGCGGCGGCAACAGCCGCAGCGGUGGAAGUACGGGCGGUGUACGACCGCUUCCGCAGAUCAGCCUCGCGAUGUGGAGCAAUGUCGCUCUUAUCGAGUCGUGGCUCGACUCUGUGUUCAAGAACAAGGCCUACCGCACCAUUCGCGCAUGCACAACGUACCAGGCGUAUGGAGGAAGGAGGCCGUGGACUUGCUACAAGUACACCGUAUUGUGCAACCCCGUCCAGAAGCAAACUCCCGUACUUACAAACGUGGAGUUGUACGACCUGGGGCUGGAUCCAGCGGAGGUCAGGGACAGGGCGAAGGCCGUGCCGUACGAUCCCCUUACCUCCAAUCUCAUCAACCGCUUGGACGCCGUACUCACGGUCCUAUCAUACUGUAAAGGCGACCUGUGCAGUGUGACGAAUCUGGCGCAAGCCAUGGAGCCGCAGUACGACACGCUAUACGGCAGCUUCAUUAAACUGACGUACGCACGCUGCCGAAUAUACUACGACCCAACCAACGAGCGUCCAGAUCCCUACCUGGCGGGUUAUACGGAUAAGCUCCCGCCGCCGUCGCCCCGAACACCGCCCUCACCGCGCCCUUCACCGCCACCACCCAAGCGAUCACUCCGACCGCCGCUGUCACCGCCGCCAUCACUGCAUCCGUCACCUCCGCCGUCACCACCUCCCAAUCCUCCGCCGCCACCGCCUCCAUCCCCUCGCCCGCCACCUCGCCUACCUUCGCCGCCGCGUCCACCUCCUCGCCCAUUUGCAUCCCCUCGUCCGCCGCCGCCUCCGCCGCCGCCGCCGCCGUCUCCUCGCCCACCGCCGCGCCUAUCUCCACCGCCGCGUCCACCGCCCCGUCCGCCGCGCCUACCACCGCCGCCGCCGCCAUCACCACAUCCGCCACCGUGGCCGCCGCCGCCGCCGCCGCCUCGAUCACCCCGUCCUGCCAUCACUGAAGCCAAUGCAGCCGUCGUCCCUACAAAAUCCAUUUCCGCCUUUACCUUCCUUACUGCUACCGCCGCCGUAUCCCAUGCCGCCGUCGUCGUCACCGUUGCCACCGCAUUCAGCGCCCCCCGCGCGAUCACAGCCUCAGCAGCUGCCGCCUUCGCCACAGAGGGGCCCGCCAAACCCACCUCAUCCCGCAGCCCCAGCCCGACCGCCCCCGCCGCAGCCACCUUCACUCUCACACGUGCCCUGCUCGAGCUCCGCUCCACCGACAAACCAUCCAACCCGUCCUUCGAGUGCGCCACCGCUAGACCCUCACCCCGAUUGUGA